AUGGCUGUUUCCUCCACCCAAUUCACACACUCAACUAGCCCAGUAUUUCCAUUUUCUUCUCGCGUUGCACUUUCAAGAACACAAGUUUCCUGCUCUUCAUCUUCCAUGGAUUCUGGUGCACUUCGAAAAAAAUUCAUGGAGUUUCCAUACGUGUCGGCCCCACAUCGAAACUUGAUGCUGGAGCUAAUAUCUUCUAUGGAGACCCGAAUUGGAGAUUCCUUACAACCCUGUACUCUCCCACCCGAUGUACAGUAUUUUGAAAAUCCCAAUGGUAGUGCACAUGCUUCUCUCCACCUCAGAUCUGGUGUUCCCUCCUCCCAGAUUGAUUUCAUACUAGGAGGUUGGAUUCACUGCAAGUUGCCAUCAGGUGGAGCCUUGAACAUAACGAGCCUCUCGUCCUAUUUGAAACCCUCAACUGAUGCACCACACUUCCUGAUAGAUGUUAUCCAGAACAGCAGAACGUCUCUUGUGCUGAUUCUCGAUUUAACGCCACGCAAGGACCUCAUCCUAAAUCUCGACUACCUUAAAACUUACUAUGAAGACACUCAGUUGGACACGUACAGACAAUGCCUUCAGGGGCUACCUGAGGUCAGUCCUUACUUCUCACCAUCUUUAUAUAUCCGCUCUGUUCUUUCUCCAACAGCUAUACUAGUUGGCAUCGACACUGGAGAUGGUGAAAAAAGCAUUGAGGAAAUGAUUCAAGAACAUAUCAGUCCUAUUGCCAAGGAGAUAGUGCAAUUAUGGUUGGAUAAGUGUGCUUCUGUGGAGAAACAAGUGGGAGAAACUGAGAGGGCAUAUUUGGCAAAGAGGGAUCAAAUAAUUAAGAGUAAGACUAUUGAGGUUGAUCUAGGUUCGAGCUUUCCAAGGUUGUUUGGACAAGAAGUAUCUGCUCAGAUUUUAGGUGUGUUGAGGGAAUAUUAUAAUGCAUAA